AUGUACGAGGAUAGCGACGAAAGUUCGCCAUUUGUGAUGCUCUCAUCGCCCACCAAGUCUUGGCCGGCUAGUUACGGUAAAAAGAACGGCAUGUGGUACGCCUCGCCCGGUAACCAGGGUUGGGGCUCGAAACCGGCCAGUCGUAAGCCAUCGAUUAUGGAGGCUGACUUGGGCACAUUAUCGACCACAUCGGGCUCGAUCAAACGCAGCGCCGGACGUGUUAUACGCAUCAUCAAUAAUUUGGAUCAUUCAGUGCAGUGUCGUGUGCUGUUGAAUUUGCGCACAUCGCAGCCAUUCGAAGAGGUCUUAGAAGAUUUGGGUCAAGUGUUGAAAAUAAAUGGCGCCAAGAAAAUGUACACGGGCACAGGACAAGAGGUACGCAGCUUUUCACAACUACGCAACGAGUUUGCCGAUGUUGACACAUUUUAUCUAGCAACUGGCACUGCCUUAAUUGCCGGUUCGCCUAUUAGGCGAUCACGUUCGCGCCCCUCCGUUGUCGCCGCAGCGCCAAUACUACCCACAGAAGAACUGCCUAAGGUUCCUUUACGCGGUGCACGUCCACGCAGUAAAAGUCGUCCACGCAUUCUCUAUGCGCCGGAGAGUGAGAUUUUACGUGCGAACGGUGAAUACAGCAUGUUGGACAUUAUGAAAGAGGAGCCCACCAAAGUGACUAUACGUGGCUUGCGGCGUACCUUCUAUCCACCAUUACAUCAUGCGCCCGCGGAUAAUACGCCGCCCGAUAAAAAAUUGCAACUACAGUGGGUUCACGGCUAUCGUGGCAUUGAUGCACGUCGUAAUCUCUGGGUUUUACCAACGGGUGAGCUAUUGUAUUACGUUGCUGCUGUGGCUGUACUGCUGGAUCGUGAGGAAGAUGCACAGCGACACUAUACUGGACACACGGAGGAUAUUAUGUGCAUGGACGUACAUCCAUCACGUGAGCUGGUGGCUUCGGGCCAAAAAGCGGGACGCGAUCGUAAAUCACAAGCGCAUGUGCGCAUUUGGAGCACCGAAUCACUGCAGACACUAUAUGUUUUCGGCAUGGGCGAGUUGGAUAGCGGUGUCACAGCGGUGGCCUUCUCACAACUGAACGGUGGCAGCUAUAUAUUGGCUGUGGAUAGCGGGCGCGAAAGCAUACUUUCAGUUUGGCAGUGGCAAUGGGGUCAUCUGCUCGGAAAAGUUGCAACGCUGCAAGAAGGCCUCUCAGGUGCCGCCUUUCAUCCGCUGGACGAUAAUCUCAUUAUCACACAUGGGCGUGGGCAUCUGGCUUUUUGGCAUCGUCGCAAAGAUGGCUUUUUCGAACGCACCGAUAUUGUUAAGCAGCCAUCACGUUCGCAUGUCACCAGCGUGCAAUUCGAACCGGAUGGUGAUGUCAUCACUGCCGAUUCCGAUGGUUUCAUAACCAUUUAUUCGGUUGACUCGGAUGGCGCCUACUUUGUACGCACCGAAUUCGAGGCACACAACAAGGGUAUUGGUUGUCUAAUUAUGCUGGGCGAGGGUACGCUACUGUCGGGCGGUGAGAAGGACCGUAAGAUUGCCGCCUGGGACUCCUUACAAAAUUACAAAAAGAUUGCAGACACAAAACUUCCUGAGGCCGCUGGCGGCGUACGCACUAUUUAUCCACAACGUCCCGGACGCAAUGAUGGCAAUAUUUAUGUGGGCACCACACGUAAUAACAUUUUAGAGGGUUCACUACAGCGUCGCUUUACACAAGUCGUUUUCGGCCAUGGUCGCCAAUUGUGGGGCUUGGCUGCACAUCCCGAAGAUGAGGUGUUCGCCACUGCCGGCCAUGAUAAACAUAUUGCACUGUGGCGCAAAAACAAAUUAAUUUGGACUAUACAAACUGGUUAUGAGUGUGUUUCACUAGCUUUUCAUCCAUUUGGCACUGCAUUGGCUGCUGGCAGCACUGAGGGUCAUCUACUUGUCAUCAAUUGUGAAAAUGGUUCCAUUAUGCUGACGUUGCGUGUCUGCGGCUCACCGCUGAACUGUGUAGCGUUCAAUCAAGUUGGCGACAUGAUCGCAAUGGGCUCGCAGAAUGGCAGCAUAUAUUUGUUCCGCGUAUCGCGCGACGGUUUCUCUUACAAAAAGGUUAAUAAAAUACGCGGCUCACAGCCGCUCACACAUCUGGACUGGAGCAUGGAUGGCAAUUUUGUGCAAACGGUCACCAUUGACUUCGAUCUACUCUUCUGGGAUGCUAAGUCACUCUCGCCGGAGCGCAGUCCCAUUGCUAUGAAAGAUGUCAAAUGGUUGACUAGCAAUUGCACUGUUGGCUUUUUAGUGGCAGGCAUGUGGAGUAAUCGUUACUAUAGCAACAACAACACAAUUAUUGCCACCUGCAGUCGUUCGGCGGCGCAAGACAUGCUUGUGUCCGGUGAUGCCGAUGGCUAUCUGCGCAUUUUCAGAUUUCCCUGUAUUAGUCCACGCGCCGAAUUUCACGAAGCGAAAGUCUAUUCCGGUAUGCUGGCAUGUUCACGUUUUCUCUACGGCGAUCAGACUGUUGUUACAGUGGGCGGCACAGACGCCUCACUCAUGGUUUGGGAUCUCGUAGAAGAAUAACUGCAAUGGCCACCGUGGCGUACGACUGUCCAGCACUAUGAUGAAGCACGCGGCUACACCGACUAUUGGACGCGGCGCCGUUCGUCUAAUAAAUCUUCGACAAUAUUGGACAGCGACUCAAUUGAAUAUCAAUAAAUUUUCCUACAAAACAACGGUGCAUAAGAAUGUGGAGCAAAAAAAUUUGUGGAAAAAUGCUUAGCAGUGCCCAGCGUUGUCGUUGUUGUUGUUGUUGUUGUCAUAUUCAUUAGUUCGCCCUUCCUGAUGUUGGUGUUGAACGUAGUGUCACUGCUGUGUUUGGGCGCAGCUUCUACCGCCUUAAGCGAAAAUUUGCAUAACACAACGAAUUUGAGCGUUUUCACUUUUGUUAAAAAUAUUAUUGGGAAUUAGUGAAAAACAACCAAAUUAAGAUAUUAUCAAAAAUAUCAAAUUAUAGCACUUAAAAUUACUAAUUAGGAUAAUUUGUCAACGAAAUAUGAAAAGCAAAUGAAAUUCUGUCAUUUUCCCGCUUCCGUAACGUUUUAGCGCCAUCUGUAUGCCAACUUGUAUGGGAGCUGAUAUUGGUUGCCAA